UUGCUAAGGUUAGGCUUUUCAGAGCGGGAGAAAGGAACCAUCCAAUACGCUCUCAUGGCGGCCACGGAUUCCGUUCAGUGUUUCGGGCGCAAAAAAACUGUUGUUGCAGUAACCCACUGCAAACGAGGCAGGGGUCUCAUCAAGAUCAAUGGCUGCCCCAUUGAGCUCGUGGAGCCGGAGAUUCUCCACUACAAAGCAUACGAGCCAAUCCUAUUGCUCGGUCGUCAGCGCUUUGCAGGAGUUGAUAUGAGGAUUAGGGUACGCGGUGGUGGUCACACCUCGCAAAUCUACGCGAUCCGCCAGAAUAUCGCCAAAGCCCUUGUUGCUUACUAUCAGAAAUACGUAGACGAGCAGGCGAAGAAGGAAAUCAAGGAUAUCCUCGGCAGGUACGAAAGGACCCUCCUUGUCGCUGACCCAAGGCGCUGCGAGCCCAAGAAGUUUGGUGGUCGUGGAGCUCGCGCACGUUUCCAGAAGUCGUACCGUUGAGAGGAGAAGAGUAAGGGAGGGGAGAAUGAAUUCGAAGAGGUUUUCAUCUCUUCUACUUUUUGCUUGCUUUAUAUUUUAGUUGCAGCAUUGCUGAACAGGUAUAUAA